AUGGACAAUGGACAUGGUAAGUCAGCAGUCCCGAAGAAAAAGGAGUUUCAGAUCGUCCAUGUGUCAGGCCGGUCAUGCCGCAUUUCCAGGUUUGGUAUUGCAACUAGCGGCGCCAAGUUUCGCACGGCGUUGUCACACGCUUGCUACCGGGGUCAUCAAGAAGUGGCCAGAUGUUUGGUGCGCUACAAGGCCCGUGCCGAGACGGAUGCGCAGGGGCGACGACCAUUACAUUGGGCCGCCGAGCAGGGAUGCGAGGCUGUCCUGGACGUGCUGCUGCCUGAUGCAUCCAUCAAUACCCAGGACUCCAGUGGCGCCUCGGCCCUGCAUCUGGCUGCGCAGCGGGGACAUGUGCCGCUGCUACAGAGACUUCUGGAGGCACGUGCAGCCUUGGACCUUCAAGGGCAUCAAGGAGAAACGGCCCUGAUGCUUGCGGCUCUCAACGGGCAGGUGGAGGCUUUGCAGUGCUUAGCACAAGCGCGUGCCAACUUGAACAUUGUGGCGCACGAUGGAUUUGAUGCGCUGCACCUGGCCUCGGAAGCUCAACACUUCGAGGCCACAGAAGUGUUACUGGCACUCGGGGCAGAGGUCAAGCUUGUGAUCCAAGGGAUCCCACCUGCCGUCAUGGAAAGGGAAUCCACGCAGAACGUUCCACCGGAGGGCCUGGUGUUGCCCCUCUCGGACUCCCUCAAGGGUCCAGAAAAGGACGAACUGGUGCUGACCAAGAGGCAAGUGAAUGCAAGUGAUAUUUUCUCGAUGCUCAGAUACUUGAAAGCUCAAGCAGGUCUUGUCUUCCCCAUGAUGCUCAUGGGGCUGACAGCAGUUGAUUUUGUUGUUCCUGGAUGUUCCUGGAUUCCUGGCCAUUUCUUGGGUUCCAGCUACACCAUAGAUAUCGCAAUGCUGAUCAAACCAGCACCAGUUUUCUCCUCGGACCAGUUUGGCGAAGCAGUUGCUCCUGGCAGUGGGGCUUCGGAGAUGGACAAGGAUUGCUGCUCGGCGUGGAGGUUAGAGGCAAUCGCCAAUGCUGGAUGCCCUGUGCCGGAGGCUCGAAUUUUCCGGGCAACAAAUCCGCAGAUUCAAGCCAUGCAGACUUUACCUUUUGCAAACAUGAGCCCGGGGGGCUCUUCGACUGGGACGCUCUUUGAGCGGAGCCGUGCGGAAGAGAAUGCGGAGAACAAGCAGAUCAGCUCCACCGAAACCAGCCGAGAAGACUGCAGGCGCUGGUAUGUUCAAGACAGCCAAGUUCCUCAAGGAAAGACUCAGGGAGAAAACCCGUGGACCCUGGUGUGGAUUUCAGAUCAGGCCUUCAAGCCCACGGCCGUGUCCCUGAAGACCCAACUCGAGAGCUUGGGUUGCCAGGCCUUGGUGGGUGAGCUGCGCGCAGCGUGGGGGCUGGCUGGUACCCGUGCCCUAGCUCACGAGGCCAUCGUGAGCACUGUGCGUCAAGUGCGCGCUUUGCGGAGGCUGGGUAUUGCUGGCGCCGGGCGUGUCCGCGCGUCAUCGCCUCCGGCUGGCCCUGGCCGUGCCGAGAGUGCUCACCCACCUCCUGAGCGAGGGGCCUCAUCUGCCAAAGCCCCGGUGCCGGCUGUGGCCGCGGAACCGGAGGUAAAGAAGGAAGAAGAGGAAGGCAGCUCCGACUAUAGUGGGUCUGAACAGGAGACCGACGGAGACGGAGUUGACGAAGAAGCUAACGAUAAGAAGGAGACUUUGGACAAGGGAGCAGAGGAUAAGAAGGAGAAGCGCCUUCCGGAAGAGGAGGACAAGAACCUGGGCCUGGUUGCAGUCCCUAAAUCCGUGCCGCCUUCACGCGAGGCCAGGCUGGAUACGCGAGAAGACCUUCCCAGACGUCGAACUUCCGACAGGGAGCCCAGGGACAGAGAGGCUGAGAACACUCGUCUAGACAUCAUCACAGGCACUCUGACCGAGGAGAACAUCAAGACGGACGUCGCAAACGUCGAAAGACUCAUCGUGCAGGAGCCAAACAUCCUCGUCUUUAUAGGGCGGCAGAGGUUGUGGAAGCCUUCAAGCUUCGACGCAGCGUAUUUGUCUGGAGAAGGUCAAAGGCUUCUGAAAAGACUACAAGAGACAGAGAGGAAGGAGGCAGCUGCUUUGAGUGGACCUACCCAGCCUCGAAAGAGGCCGGCAGCAAGCCGUGGGGGGACCGCUCCGGCAAGAAGAAGAAAGAGGGCACCGGAGGAUACCGAGACCGGAGCAAUACCUGUGACUUCUGGAGAGGAAGAGGAAGGAGACACAGAGGAUGUGGACGACCCCUCGGCUGGUGCAAGCCGUGCCGGGUUGCGGGAACUUCUCAAGAAAACCAAGGAGAGGAUUUUAGGAGGAAACAGGCCUGUCAGAAAGACGGGAGCAGAAGAGGAUGUGAGUGGUGGACGGCCACCCGGUCGUACCAGACCUGCAGCGGGAAGAUCGGGGCCAGUCAGUGGAACGGCCCUCAAACCUGGGAAGACAACGCCUUUUGGCCUGAUGCCACUGGAGGAUACAAACGAAGAUGGUACGCCCAUUUUGAAGAAGAAGAGGAGGAGCUCUGCAGGGGCCGCUACAAGCUUGCUGGCACAGGCCCUGCAAGCGUCAGCAGCCGAUGCCCAGGCGAGAAAGGAAAAGAAGCGGGCGAAGGACAAGGAGAACCCCAUCAAACAGUUGGUGGCGCUCUUGAAAGGAAAGAGCAAAAAGAAAAAGAGCAAGAAGGAUGGCAAGUCGCGAAAGACCCGACAGAGGGCCAAGGCCUUGACCGCCCUGAAACCCGAUCCAGGAGAUCCAGACCCCGACGACUCGUCCAGCAGUACCGGAGAGACCAGCUCGGGCGAGGAAGGGGAGCGAUCCGAGGCCGAGUCAGACCUCAGCUUCGAACCACCCUUGCGCAAGAAAGCGCUGAGGGAUCCGGGCUCGGUCAUGGAAAUGUUGGUAAGGCACGCUCAGCAGCAGUUAGACCGCGGCUCUCUGAUGGACACCGAGGCCGAAGGAGGAGCUCUUACCUCGGGGGUGAAAAUAGCGACCUAUUUUGCGCUGCUCAUAAGGCCAUACCAUCAGCCGGGAUCACCGCUGCUGAGGGAGCUUUACUCGCUCGCUCAGAGCAUCGACCUUCUUCGAGCUGGAAGGCUGCCGGAGACAGCGGACGCUCUUGCGUCGCGUUUUGUGGCCGUGCACACGGCAUUGACAGACGGGGGGUGGGGCACAGCUUCACAGCUGGAGCUUCACCCGCUCGAACCCGUCCAAUCAGCCAGCACGGCCACUAUGCUGGAGGCUCAGAAGCAUCGAAGGCUGGUGCUGAAGAGUCAGGGCCUGGGAACGACCUCAUGGUGGAGCGCCAGCGGCAAAGGCAAGGGGGGCUUCCCUUACCGCGAGAAGGGCAAGAAAGGAGAUGGCAAAGUGAAAGGUCGCGGAAAAGGACGACGCUCUGGCAAGGAUGCUGGCUGGUCCGUGCCUGCUACGGUUCGGCAUAUGUUUUUGGGCAAGUCCAAGAUGGAUCCUGCCAUGCACCGGAGUGCACUUACGCGGUGUCGCUCCUUGUUUCCCCUUCCGGUGGGAGAUGUUUCAAAGAUGAAGGCUGCUGCCGAAGCGCUAGCGCUGGAUGAUUUUUGUGCGUCGCAUUUUGCGAUUUUGGAUGAUGUCGAGGUGUGGACCAUGCUGACGGUGUUAGGACUCAACGGUUUGGCUGGCUUCGGCCGUGCCACUGGUCAUGGACGUCCUUCAGAGCCGCAGCGACGUGCUUUGGAGUGCCUGCGGCAGAGCACAGCAAGGGUGCUCUCACCGACGCUUCGACUAGAUCGCACAGCUGAGGAAGCUGAAAAAGAGCUGGCAGGGCGGUUUGUCACCUACACAGGGGAGGAAGUGCCAAAAAUGCAGACUAUUAGGUUUGAUGCUGCUGUAGCUGCCCUGCCCCCUCAAUCUCAUGGAGGUUCUAUUGAUGUUUUGAAGUUGGUUUCGGAUGGCACUAGGUCGUUUCUGGAGAACCCCGAGAAAUCCCUUUUGAGCCAACCAAAGACUGGUGUGAAGCUACAGGGUGCGACUCAUGAACUUCCUUCUAUUUGUCAGUAUCUUUCUCUGGUUUUGGAUGGUGCCUCAAAACUGGCUUUCUUUCAGAGCGACAUGUCCAGUGCGUUUUAUCUGUUUAGAAUCCCAAAGAAGUGGUCUCGGAUGCUCAGCUUCAAUAUCGACUUCGAUGGGGAGUGCCUUGGGCUCAAGAAGGGCGUGCGGUAUCAUCCAGCAUGCUCGGUGAUACCAAUGGGUUGGCAUUCAGCGGUCUCGAUAAUGCAAGAAGUUGCUGACAAGUUGACCGCCUUGGGACAGCUUCCAAAGGAGAGCAUGGUGCGCCGCAACAUCCCUUUGCCACCCUGGCUGACCGACGUGUUGACCGAGGGAUCACAAAAGCAGAAACCUUGGUAUCAUGUUUAUUUGGACAAUUUCUGCGCAAUGCAGAGGACCGCAGAUAGAGGCGAGCCUGAAGAGGCGCGUGUGCUUCAUGAAGAAUUGGAGCAAGCGUGGAAUGAUGCUGGAGUAUUAUCGUCGGCAAAGAAACGAGUCAGUGGUGCGAUUAAGGUCGAUGAGCUGGGGGCGCGGUUAGAAGGAGAGGCUGGCACCAUUGGGCCGAGCCCCGAGCGCCUAUUGAAGCUCCUUCAAACUACGCUGGUGAUCAUCAGCAAGACUCGGCUGCGCCGGAAAUGGGUCCAGGUCGUAGCCGGAAGAUGGGUGCAUUGCAUGUCAUUCAGGCGGCCUACGAUGGUACUGCUGGACCGCACCUGGCAGUAUAUCUCUGAACAAUCGAAUGGACCCAAUGUAGAGGCCUGGGUUCGAACUGAAUUGUUUGGGUGCUGCAUGGUGGCGCUGAUGAUGCACACCAACCUGAGAGCGGUGAUCAGUGAAACGACCACUGCAAGUGAUGCUUCUAGCACUGGAGGAGCUGUGGGAAAGAGUACAGAACUCUCUGGUUGUGGUACUGAAUUUGCGGACAUGGAUGCAUCUGGCUUGGGAACUGGCAAGGUCAUACCUGUGCUGGCUUUCGGGCUUACGAUUUAUGUGGAGUUUUGCCUCAAGUCGCAAUUGCUUACGAGCUGUCCAGCAAACAGGGUCACCAGCAGGAGAUGGCCCCAUGUGCAGAUCGAGAAGGAUGUGAGGGAUAUCAAUGAAGAAACCAUACGUCAGUGGCGAUAUCGCUACCCUGGCUUGGAGGAACUGCAUCUUUGGGGUGGCUUCCCUUGCGUAGACCUCAGCCGGGUCAAGGCAGGGCGCAGGAAUCUGGAGGGAGCUGAGAGCGGCCUUUUCUAUGAGAUCCCGAGGAUCCUGAAAGAGAUAAGGAAAGUCUUUGGAUACCAUUUCAAGGUUCGCUACUGUGUAGAGAACGUGGCCAGCAUGGAUGAAGCUGCCGAGGCUGAGAUUUCUCGCGCCUUGGGGGUUAAGCCCUUCUUGCUGGACCCUUGGGGCGUUGUCCCACUUCACCGGCCGCGCUACUGCUGGUCGAACACAGAGAUUGUCCCAAUGGAGGGCGUGUGGCUGGAGGAAAAAGAUCGGUGGGUGGAAGUGAACAUCAGCCAUACCUAUCCCUCUCUGGAUCAAUGGCUGGAACCUGGACAAGCGAGUCAGGCUGAUAGGCGUCGUGCCAGACGUAGCAUUGUCCUUGAAGACAUCGGUGUCACCACCGCCACUUUGGAGCGGUAUCAAUUAGCAGUUUCACGGCUCACGCCUGUCCUUGAGCUGGUUUCGACCGAGCUCGAAUUGGACGAAUACAUUGCUGACUGGGUGCAAUCAGAAUUUGAAGAUGGCUGCCCGUUGCACCUGGUGGGAGAUGCACUUUCAGGACUUCAUCAUUUUGAACCAUGGACCAAGAAGAAGUUGACAAAGUCCUGGGACGCUUCAACGCUGGAAACUACGUUGGCAAUGCUGGAAUUGCGCAAAGCGCAAGGGCUGGAUAAAGUCCCGUGCUGGGAUCGCAGUGGCUCUUCAUUCCGAGCCCUCUUUAAACGAGCAAGUGAUGCUCUGGAGCUCACGGUUUUGAAUUUCAGGCCUUAUAGCCUCCGUAGAGGAGGAGCAACAUAUGAAAUGCAGAGCCAUGGACUUAUGGAGCGGACGCUCAUACGUGGGCGCUGGCGCAACAGCAAUGUUGCACGCAUUUACAUUGCUGAUGGGCUGGCAAUGCUGCCGCGCCUCAAGCUCAGCCUACGCGCCAAGUUCCUAGUGGCGAAAUUUUCGUCGACAUUUGUCAACGAGCACCACACGUUCGUGGCUGGGAAACGUGGAAAGAAACGAAAAUCCAAUGAAACUGGCUGA